AUGGCCUUUCUAAUGAAAAGUAUGUUGAGCAACCAGGUAAAGAAUUUGGGACUUGGAGGUGGAGGGGAAGAAAACAAAGAAGAAAGCACUCCUUCUGAUCCAGCAGCAGCUGCAGGAAUGACCAGAGAGGAGUAUGAGGAAUAUCAAAAGCAAGUGGUUGAGGAGAAGAUGGAAAGAGAUGCAGCGUUUGCACAGAAAAAAGCAGAGCGAGCCUGUCUGAGGGUUCAUCUGAGAGAAAAGUACAGACUCCCUAAGAGUGAAUUGGAUGAGACUCAAAUACAGAUGGCUGGAGAUGAUGUGGGUUUGCCAGAAGACCUUCAGAAGAUGGUGGCAGAAGAUCAGGUAGAGGAAGAGGACAAGGACUCUAUCCUGGGACAGCUGCAGAACAUCCAGAAUAUGGACAUGGAUGCCAUCAAAGAAAAGGCACAAGCCACCUUCACCGAAAUGAAACAGGCUGCUGAGCAGAAGUGUUCUGUGAUGUAG